AGUAUUCCAUCAAAAGAUCCAAAUACAGCAAUCGUGUAUCCACAAGGAACACAUUAUUAAAGUAAGCCAAUCUCAUCUUUGUUCAUUAUUUGAUUUAAAAGUCUGGUUGCCUAGGACUUAGUUUGAUAAUGAAGACAUUCUCCACAUAUGCCUGGUAAAAGCACAUAAAGUUUUACGAUCUGGUAGUCUUUUGUUGUUGAAAAUACCUGUCCUUUUAAAGCUAUCUCUCAGUUCAAAAAUAGCUCAAAAAAGAAGGUUAUUCUUUGAGAUUGUAUUCACUAACUUUAUUACUUGGUUGUAGCCAGUUGUAAGUCAAAUAAAAGCCCUGCUGUAUAAUAUAUACAUAUAUAUAUAUAUAAGCUGUAUUAUCAUUUUUUUUAAAAACAACCUUUUCUUGUAUCUGAAGGAUAAUUGUAAUGUUAAUUUCUUGAACAGGCCACCCAAAGCGCUGGCUGUGUCCAUUGAUGCAGAGAGAGAACAAGAAUUGCACAGAGUGAUCAAGGUUUGUUUUAUUUCAUUCUUUGAUUUUCUUGAUGAAAGAUAAUUGACCACAAAAUCACUCCAUUUAGAAUGUGUAUUCAAUUAAAAUAUUUAGUUCAAUUUUAUAAUAUGAUUCAGCAAUUAUUUUUUUCCUCUAGUAAAAAAACAAGGGUUAAACUGAAUAUUUUUAAGCUUCUUAUAAAAUUAACCAAGGAUAUUGAUGGGUUAGCUUUUCAUUGUCAGGAAUCUUCUGAAAGGCAAAAGCGCAAAGAAGAUGAGUACAGGGUCCUACAAAAGAAGUCAGAAGAGCUGGAGAUAAAGAUUAAUGCACUCAGAGAACAGAAGGUAAAUUAUUAAAAUCUUUUUCUCUUGGUUGAUGCCUAUGUUACUAUUGUUACUUUAUUUUUGUGUGACAUUAGUUAGUUUUCCUGUACACAAAACUGGGCCUUGACAAAAUGAUCCUAUGAAGUUUUUAAUCUUUACUAUAUAAUUAUAAAAUAAGUUUAGAAUAUUAAAAUUAAUUAAAAUAAAUAAAAACAUUUCUUGUAUCUUUUAUAAAGAGAAAUCAUCAGAAGGAACGUGACCAGAGGAAAAAUGUUGAAAACCAGAUCAUAACAAAGAAACAAAGGUAUGUAGCAUGAAAACAGCAAAUGCUUUUAUAGCUUAACUUUUAAAUGCUAUUUUCAUUUAUUAUUUUCUUGUCUCAUUGACAUUUUUCUGGCCCUUGCAACACUUUUUGUAAAGUAUUAAGACAUUGUGCGUCUCAUGUAUUUUUGUUAAUGGCUGUCAUUUCAAACUCUAAGAAACCCCCUACCUGGGGAUCUUCUUAGGAAGUUUGCACCCUUAGCCUUACAUAAUCCUUUUGUGAGACAAUAAAAUGAAAUAAACAGCUCCUAUACUGACAUCAUAUCCAAUAACGUCAUAAUCUUAUAACUAUUGUGCCGACCCAAUGUCUUCUGAGCAUGCCACAAAGAGAUCCUUAUGUGAUCGAAUGGGUAGGAAAGCAGAGACAGCAAUCGUGACAUGGAGCGUGUAUAGAACACAGUGAGACACAAAAAACACUGCUGGUCAUCCACUGCAUCCCUGUCUUUUUUCCAGUGGUCUUGACUAGGUCUAGCCACUGGAUCAAGAUUAGCAAGGAAAAAGAGAGUGAGGCUGAGAAAUUGCACAACUCUGCCUCACUUUGAUCAAAAUAAAGGGCAUGUCAGGGCUGUUGCCUCUAGUAAUCCAGGCUACCGUGUUACAUAAUCACAAGACAGUGGGCAUGUUUGGAUUACAUGUGAGAGGUGUCAUCUACCACAAGCCUGAUUUAUUUAGCUGUGUUUUAAUACAGGCUGUUGGCAGAUUAAAACAAAAAAUUGGCCUAUAAUUGCUACUUUUUGUCACUCUUGCAGUAGAUUGUGUUUUUAUUAAUUGAUGACCUUUCAUGAAGCCGUUGAAAUAUUAUCAGGAUACAGCAAGUCGUGAAAGAAGAAAUCAACUUAGAAGCAGAGAAGCAGAAACUUGACAAUCAGCUCAAAACCAUAAUCAGAGACAAAUACAAAUGCCUAGAAAUGAUGAAAAAAAUCUUGGCAGUGAGUAACUUUUACUUCCUUAGUUUUUACGUCAAUAUAUAUUCAAAAGAUAUUCCAAAUUGAUGACUGACUAAAUGUCAAGAAAUAAGCUUUGGAUUUGACAUUUUAUUUUUAUACUUGAUUAAUUUUAUUUUUUUUAAAAAGUAAAGGGAUAAUUUAUAUAGUAUUCACCAUAUUUGAUAAUUUUUGUUUUUUUCUUACUAAAGGACUGCAUCAGUAUGGCUAAAGAAAGAGUUAGACUUAGUAUAAAACUGGCUGAACAAGGUCGGGAUUUCUCCAUUAUAGAUACACAACUACGGAAUGCAAAACAGAAAUUUGAAGGCCUUGAGGUAGGAGUAGUUUAAAUUGUAACAGUGAAAGUUUUUUAGCAUUCAAUUUUAAGACAGGUAAUUUAAUUUGGUUGUUAUUAUGUAUUAGUUAUUCACAUGUCAGUUAGUUCUUCACAUGUGUAAAUAUUUAAGAUGCAUCGGUAGAAAAAGAGGAACUUUAGAAGGCAAGGUUAUAUCCCUAUUUUGGCAAUAGAUUUUUGUUUUGGAUCUUGACAAAUUCAGGAUUCCUGGGAUAUAGCACAGCAAUGAUUCAGUCCCCUUUUAUUAUAGUUUCACCAUACGUGUCUCCUCCAUCUUUGAUAUUAUUUGCCAUGAAAAGGUAAUGAGUUUUGCUUCAAUAUUUGUUACUCUUGUUGCCAAGAACAGAAAGAAGUGAAAGAACUCCAGGAACAUGUUCAAGAACUCAAGCAGCAAGCCAGGGAAAAGUUGAUGGAUGCCAAGAAAAAAGCUGACAUUGGUUAUCAAGAUGAUCUAGAGAAAGUUCUCACCACUGUAAGUGUUCACUUCAGACAUGCACGCAUUCAAGUUUGAACUGCUGUCUUUAAAAAUUUUCUUCUUGGUUGAGCAGGUCUUCUCAUUUUUGUCGUAAAUGGUAGCAUUUUGAGUUUACCGUAUGCAAAUUAACUUGAGUUUAAUGGGAUAAAGAGUCUUUCUAUUAUUUCUGGAUUUUCGAUUCAAGCAGUUUCUCUUGUCUGCUUAGCAAAUUUCUCUUGCUGCUUAUAUUUUUGCCAUGUCUUCAUCUCUCAGCUUCAGAGUAAAUGCUUGAUUCAAACAGCAUUUUUCAUCAAUCAGAUUCCUGGUGAUCUCUUGUUUCAAUGAUCUUUUCAUUUUUCCCACAUUCAUUCUAUUUUAGUUCCAGUACUAAAUAGCAAUUAAAUGGAACACUGUUCACCAAUCCUCAACACCAGAAACAUUUUCAUUUUGCCGCACAGCAAAUCUGAUUUUUAAGUACAGCUGAACCUACUGUGAUUUGUCUUGUUCUUUUCAAGGCUCGGCGGCACAGUCCUGGUUUGGCCUUCACUUCAAUCUUACUUUAACCGAUGCCCUCAACUGAAAUAAAAUAUGCUGUGUGGUUGACCCUCAUAUCUUGCAAUGCUGGUAGCCCCCAAGAAGCUAUGCAAAUGUACACUGUUUUAUUGUAAAGGUGUACUCUUUAUUUAUGAAUAGCUUGAUAAGAAAAGUUUCAUUAUUUAAAGUCCCUGCAGAGACAUCUUCCAAGUACCGUGUUUAUUUUAUUUCAGCGUGGAAUAUGGGAAGACUUUAAAGAUGCUCCAUCAAGUAUAGAUGAAUUGGACAAUGAGAUACACCGCAUGCAAGCUCGAGCGGAAUCUAUGUUUCAAGUGGAUGAAAAGGUAAGAAAAAUGCCUGUCUCCUCACACAGUCAGAAUAUCUUAUGGUUGACCUCAGUGGUUUUAUACAAAUGUACUCAAGCUUUUAAUCUAGUUGGGGGGGGGGGGGGGUGUUGGUUUAAUUGAUUGGUUUAAAACAGUAAACAAUAUGGCUUAAUGCCCCUUAAAUGUCUUCAUAUUUUUUUAGAGGGUUUUGAACUGUUUAUGUGCUUGAUGGUGCAUAUUACCCCUUGGUGCUUAAUGUGCCGCUUUACUCUACACAACUACAACUGAAGCAUAUUAUUAGGUAACAGAAAAAUUGUUAAAUAUUUUAAGUCCAUUCAUUUCAAAUAGUGUUUUACAUCAACAUUGCUAUGUAUUCUCAACUUCAGCAUGCAUUUUUACUUUGAUUAUUGACACUUCGGUGAAUGAAAGACAGAAUUUUGAGCACCUUUGUGCCCAUUCCUGAAACUUGUGCUAUUUAUGAGACAAAGGACUACUAUCAGUUCCAAUUAAUAUUGCUGAUAAGAUAAGAUACUUUUAUUAAUCCAAAUAUAUGGAAAUUUGUUUUUACAUUCAUUGUACAUAUUUUUUUCUGUCUUAAAAAUCCUUGUUUGAGUUUUCUUUGUUCCUUAAAAUUAGUCUGUAGCAAGACUUUUGUCGACUAAUUGAGCAGUAUGAAUAACUGAUGAGUUCUUGAUUGUGAGCUGUAAUUUCGAAGAGAUUCUUGUUUUUUGUUUGUUUGAACAGAGUUCUUGUUGUUUUUUUUUCAAUGACCAGGGACACUUCUUUUGUCUGUAGCCAAUUUGUGUUUGGGUGUUUUUUUUAUCGUGUCAUUUGUUUACAAGGUGGGGUAUCCUUUUUUUCCUAUAUGGCAUACAUAUGAAUAUGUCUUUGUUUAUGCCAAGAUGUUGAAAAUGCAUGUUACUGCUGUUCCUCAUGAUCAAAAACACAAGAUUAUCAUCAAAUCAGAUCAAACACAUUUAACAUACCUUGAUACCAAAGAAAACUUUUAAAAAAUCUCCAACUAUUAAAAAAGCUGAAAAAUAAGCACAGAUUAAAUAGAGGUAACUGCAGGGCAGCGCCCCGUAAUUAAUAAUAGCCUCAUUUUGAAUAUUAAGUAUCAAACUAUCUGACUGUACCAGAGGCGGCCAGGUAUUGUGGCUGGCCAGAUAUUUCACAAAUAAAAUUAUUUCUUCAUUCAUUCAAUUAUCAGUUAUUUUCCUUUUUGGUAAUAAUAGCACAUUUGAAAUAUAUAUAAAGCACAUUUUUGCGAGGUAUGUGCCAUUUCAAUGUACAGUCCCGUCUUUUGGACUGAUUUUAAAAAAAAUUUAGAGUAAAAAAAUAUUAUCUAAAAUUAAUAUUGCUAUUUAGUAACUACUAAAAUUAAAAGAUUUGUAUAAACACAUAUAGGUAAAGGGAACCUGAUUUUCCAAUAGCAUUUCUUCUGUUUGUCUUCAGUGUAAACCUAAAUUCAGGUAUGCGCCAAAAUGCAAUCCUGCAUUUUGAAUUUAUCCACACAGAAAAACUCCCCAGAUCCUUCCCCCACUUAUGCUCUGGAGACUACGGUGGGCAUCCUCAAUUUCCUCCUGUCCCACACCCCACAUUCAAGGAACAAGGUGGCAAAUGUGCUCCUUUUUUAUCUUCAAUAAAGUGCUGUAUGUAAAGAGUUAUAUUUUGAUUCAAAACUAUGCCAUUUAUUUAUGUGUAAGGCAGCACGAGUAGAUGUGUUAACAACAUUAUCUUAACAUUAUUAUCUUUAUUAGAUUUAAUGACAUGCGGCCCCAUGAAGAAUUGAAUCACAAUCAAAAUGGCCUGGAAAGCCAUAUGGGUUGGCCACCCGUGGAAUGUACAUGAAGCAUUUUUUAACUAUCUCUUUGAGGCAAGAAGUGAAGUGAAUGUCCCACAGAAUCACUAACAGUAACAGACAGGGCCCCUUUUCUGAAAUAUCUCCCUUUGAGCUGUGCAAUGGUUCUCCUCCCCCCUAUCCCCCAAUGUUAUAUAACAAGCUGUUACAGAGAAAUGAUCACUGUUGUUGGCAGGAGUUACUGGGGAUCAUUCGGCACUCAAUCGUGUCAACACAAUCAUACUUAAUGAUACUUUCAAAUCUAGUUUAAACAAAAAUGAGUGUCAAACAAAACUCAUCUUUACUUGCCACCCUCAAAAUGUGAUAGCCAAAAAAUAUUCUUGAAGAAUCGUCUUAUGCUUUUAGCCAAAAAAUAUUCUUGAAGAAUCGUCUUAUGCUCCUUGGUGACACUGACACUAACAGCAUAUUCUCAUCCCCUCCACUUAUUGUCUUCAGACUGGAUAAAAAUCUGUGUGACCUUCUCGUUCACAGUCGCCUUCAAGAAUUCACCCUUCUCACUUUGGGACUAAACCAUUUUCAGCAAGCCAUUGAAGAAAUUGACCCUUUGUUAAACUUAACUCUUCUUAUCCCAUUUCAACGGAGGUGAACACAAAGACACAUCAGAUGUGUAUGUGUCCAUCAGGCUCUAAUUUCUUGCACUGAUACACCAGCAAGAGGGAAGAAUGAAAACAAAUUAAUUCAGAUUUUCUGCACUUUAUCACCACAUGGAAUACAUCUCAAAUACUUUCUUGCUAGUGGUCCUCAAUUUCUCUCCAUUUCUAUGCUCAAUAUUUGUUGUUUAAAAUUGCACAUUAAUAAUCCUUAAAUUCUUUUACCUUGAUACUUGACACAAAAGGAUAAUGUGGGACACACGUUUUGGUUUUGAACCACUUAACUUCUGUUUCUAAAUAUAAUGCCUUCCUUUCUAAACAGACAGCUACGUUGAGAUCUUUGAACUUUAACACAUAAGUUUUUAUCUCUAAUUAUUUUUUGUUCUUGUUUUUUCUUGUUUGCCGAAGAAGGCAAUUAGGCAAAACGUCUUUUUAAUUCUGUAUUUUUUUUUUUUCAAGCCUAAACAUAUCUUGUUCCACCAUUUAUUUACUUCACAUGGGUUUAACACUGUCCCUAACAUAUUAUCUUUUAUUAUGUCUUAUUCCUGCCAAUGGUUUUGAGUAAGACAGAAUUGUUAAGUUAUUUAUUCUUUAAAAAGUCUUCACCUGCACACAAACAUACUGGCCGAAACAAUUAUUAGCUCAUCUAUAAAAUAUUAACAGAAAAAAAAAUUAAAAACAUCUUCAGUUGUGAAACCUAUAACCCCAUGACCCAGAAAGCUCAACUCUGCAUGCCGCAAGCCUCACUAGAAUUGAGUUUUGACUCUCACUAAAUAUGAUCUAGAAUCAUUAUACAACACAGGGAAUAAGACAAACAUGGUGGUCCUAAUUUAUAAUUUUAUAACUUCACUGCAGUCUUCCUCAGACUAUUCCUUCUCACUAACUCAAAGUUCACAAUGUUAGCUAUCUACUUUGAGUCCCACCAUUGUAUAUGUACAGGUAUAUUAAAUUUGACAAAUUUGAACUGUUUUAGGUUGUUCAUGAUUUUGAGAAAAGGCAGAGAGAAAUUGAACAUUUAGAGCAAAGACUCAAUGAGACCGAAGCUAAGCGGCAGACACAUCAAGCUGACAUCACUGAAAUUAAGCGGCAAUGGUUGGAACCUUUAACAGAAUUAAUACAACUUAUUAAUACAAAGUUCAGCUACUUUUUCUCCACUUUGCAGUGCUGUGGAGAGGUCAGCCUAAAUGUUCCAGAAAAUUCUGUGAGUAUUCUUUGGAGGAAUCAAAGUUUCACCAUUAUCAAAAAAGUAAAUUAUUUAUAAGUUCAGUGUAACGUAGCAGGUUUUCCAAUACUUUUUUUUCGCUCAUUGGGAAUUUAUUCUUAUGCAUCUUUUUCCCUUUGUUUCAGUAUAUAGUUUCCUUAACUGAAUCCUCUAUACUGUAAUGUGAUUUAAAUUCUGUAUUUAUUCAGGAGGUUUCUCAUUUAUAUUAUUUUGAGUAAUUUUAAAAAAAAAAACCUUUCUAGGAAGACUAUGAAAAAUAUGGUGUGAGUAUCAAAGUGAAGUUCCGCGAUGAUGAAAAUCUCAGAGAACUGACAGCUCAUCAUCAGAGUGGAGGAGAACGCAGUGUUUCUACCGUCCUGUAUAUGAUGGCUUUACAAGAACUUACAAAGUGUCCUUUUAGAUGUGUUGAUGAAAUCAAUCAGGUAGAUUGGAUUAUGCAUUCAUAUUUUGAAUACUUCAUAAGGAUUUUGGGGGUCAAGACAUUUAGAUAAUUUAGUAAGUAAAGAUUAAAAGUAUCUAGAAUUUAAUUUUAAAAAAUAGGGUUGCAUGGUAUCAUCUUUAACCUCAAGCUAUCACAAUGGCUGAUGAUUGGCAUUUCUACUGCAUUGCUUCACAUUAAUAUUAUAAUUAUAAAUGCAAAUCACAAGUUUAACUGUUAAUAGGGGCAAUAAUCAUAAACUAUUUUUCCCUUCAUAUUGAAAAUCAAGGCAAAAAAUUCCGGUUAUCGGAAAUUUGACAGAAAGAAAUUUCGUCGACGGUAAAUUGAUCAACGGUAAUUUGAUCGAACAUAAAUUUGGUCGAAUCUUUUUUUCAGUUCACACAUUAAAAUUUGCGUCAAAUUUCUUUUUGAACGCACUGUACCAUGUAGUAAAACAAUAUAAUGCGUGGGUGUGUUGAAGAAAAAAAAGUUGCAUAUCUGCACUCACUGUCUAAAGGUUAUGGGCAUGGUCACAAUUUGUCAACUAUACUCUCAGAAUGUGUGUUUUAUACUUAUAAUAUAUGGGCCUCUAGAUUAAUUUUCUAUUCGUUUUGGUAGUCUAGUUUUAGGUAUUUAAGUUACCAACAAGUCUAGGCGCUAUAGAAAAAUGCACAUGAUGCUUCGUGGAUUAAGUUUUUCAUACAUUGAUAUUACUUUUAGUAUGCUUCAAGGUUCAAUUGAGCAAUGCGAUUUAUUGAAUUCACAAGCUUGACAACCAGUGCUGAAUAGCUUUUUACUUUAUAAAUCCAAUAUCAAUAAAUAAGGUAGAAAGAUUCACCUCUGUCUUUUCUUAAGAAAAUACACGCAUUGUAUUUGUUUUAUUUUAUAGAUGAUUUAAAAUGCUAUUAAAUAUUCAAGUCCUAAUUUUAUGUCAAGCAUUUUAUUUUAGAACUGAAUUGUCUCAUUUGAUGAGCAUCCACAAUAAGUAGACCAAAAUCUUCAAUAAGUUGCUAAUUGCUUUUUUCAACACUGGUUUAUUCCCAUUCAGGGCAUGGAUCCAAACAAUGAAAGGAGAAUCUUCCAGUUAGUUGUUGAAACUGUCUGCAAGCUGAGUGCCUCCCAAUAUUUUCUCCUGACACCUAAGGUAAGCUUCAAAAAUUCAUUUUAAAGAUCCAGAAUGUAACAACAUGUGCUCAAUGUAAGUUUUAUCAAGUACAUGAUUGAUGCUGCAACAAUUUAGAAUAAAAAAAACACUUCCUGCCUGUCGCACUGCCAAGUUUUAAAUUCGGCUUUGCUGGAGAAUAAAAAGCAGUUAGGAACAAGGAAGAAAAGUGGAGUUGUCUGAAAGGACCCCCAAAAAUUAAUGACAUUUGGUGUCCCAUAAACAAUUUUAACAAAAUGAUUUUAAUGCUUCAGUGGCAAACUUGAACUUAAGCCAUUUUAUCUGAAGUUUAUAAAUAGUUAAAAAAAAAACAACUUUGAUUUCAUUCAAAUUUGUAGACUCAUUUCUCAUUUGACAAUCUUAUUUUUUUUCAUAUUUUAUUUUAUUUUAUUUAGGCAUUUUUAUAUAGCGCUUAUCAUAAAGCUCUAAGCGCUUUACAAAUAUUAAAACAAAUAUUAAAACAAGUAAACUAAGUAAAUACAAAUGAGACACUAGGAUAGUAACUACUAUUCUAUAGAAACAAUGAAAAUGGCUAUAAAAAGAGGACACUUUGACACUUCAGGAUUAAACCGAAACAGAAAAUUAGGUAGGGCAAGGAGGGUGCAUCACAGGUCAUAGGCGGACCUAAACAGAUGAGUUUUAAGGGACUUUUUGAAAAUGGACGAGGUUUCACUAUGACGUAUAUGGAAGGGGAGCUGGUUCCAGAACGUGGGCCCAUGGAAGCAGAAGGAGCGUUCACCGAUGGUCUUAGUUUUAGUUCUUGGGAUUGAGAGGGUUCUACUGUCAAUGGAAGAACGUAGUUGUCUUGUGGGGAUGUAAGGAAGCAACAGUUCAGAGAGAUAGACAGGAAAGUGAGGGUCAGUGAACGAGUUGAAGCAAAGAUUGGAAGACUUGUAUUUGAUGCGAGAGGAUAUUGGAAGCCAGUGGAGUUGCCGCAUGUGUGGUUGAAUGUGGUCAUGUUUCUUUAAUUUAAAAAUGAGUCUGCAUGCUGAGUUCUGUGCCUUCUGAAGUUUUUCUAUGUGGUGUUGAGGAAUGCCUGAGAGAAGAAUGUUACAGUAGUCAAAUUUUGAAAGAAUGAGUGAAGAGACGAGAGUUUUUGUGGCAUCAAAGGAGAGGAGGUGUCUAAUGGUGCUGAUUUUUCUAAUUUCGUUAUAUGCUGAUCUGCAUAUAUUCGUGACAUGUUUCUCCAUGGAGAGGGUGUCCGUAAGCGUGACUCCAAGGUUUCUGGCAGAGGGAGAGAGUGUGAUGUCAGAGUUGCCAAUAGAUAUAGAAGAAGGAGCGAAUGGAGGGAGAGGUUUGUUUUGAGAGUGGAUGAGAAGGAUUUCCGUUUUAUCAUCAUUUAGCUUCAGUUUGUUGCAAGUCAUCCAACGCUUUACAUCGUCCACGCACUCCUGUAUGCGAAGGAUUGUGGCAUCAAGUUGAUCAGGAAAGCAAGAGUCACUGAUUUGAGUGUCAUCAGCAAAGGAUUGACUGGAAACUGAGUGGUGGCUAAUGAGAGAUGAUAGAGGUUUAGUGUAGAGGAUGAAAAGGACCGGCCCAAGGACCGAUCCUUGAGGAACUCCAAUAGACAGGGCUGAAGGUUUGGAAGAGCGGUUGGAAAUAGAGACUUUUUGAGUUCUGUCAGAAAGAUAUGAUUGAAACCAGUUUAAAGCUGAGCCAGUAAGUCCGAAAGAAAGAUGAAGGCGGUCAAGAAGAAUCUGGUGGUCAAUGGUAUCAAAUGCAGCAGAGAGAUCUAACAGAGUGAGAAUAGAGAGUUUGCCAUCGUCCAUCGCGCGCAGGAGGUCACUCAUGACUCGGACCAGUGCUGUUUCUGUGCUAUGACCAAGUCGGUAGGCGGACUGAGAGGAAGGAUAGAGAUUGCGAGAAUGAAGAUAGCCAGAGAGCUGAGAGAGUAUGAGUUUUUCUAUGAUUUUUGAGAGAAAGGAGAGGUUGCUGACGGGGCGGUAAUUCUUGAGUGUGUUUGGAUCAAGUGAGUGUGUUUGGAUCAUAUCAGUUUCUUCAAACUUUUUAUCAUGCUUUUGGAUUUUAUCCUUCUGAUACGAAGACAUUAGUGUUAAUAGUACCAUUACUUAAGUAACAAAAUACCCAUUUUGAGAUAAUCAAGUUCAAAUAUUUUUUUCGUCUAUAAAAUGUGAUCAUUUUCAUUUUUGGCUUGUUUAAAUGAUUGACUAAAGUACAUUUUAAUGUGUUCAAAUUUUGCAGUUCACUUGGCUAAACCAGAUAAAAGGUCACAGUUUAGAUUGUUUUUGACAAAAAUGUGACUUUUUGUGCUAGGGUCUUCAUGUAUUAUAGCUUCUGAUGUGAUUCACUUCAAUAAAACAUUUUGACUUUUAUUUUUUCUUUCAGCUACUACCUGACUUAGAAUAUGACAAGAAUAUCACAGUACUUUGUGUUUAUAAUGGAGAGGAGAUGAUGAUAGAACAUAACCAAUGGAAGAUGAAAGACUUUAUCAAGAGGAGAGCUGCAAUAAAGAUCUAAAUAGGGAGGGUGGGAUGCUUCUAAUUUUCCAGUUUUCCAUCAAGAAAAAAAGGCACUCUUAUUUUGACAUUCAAACAAGCUUAAGGACAAAAAAACAAUUGUAUUGGCUACAAACGUUCACCUUUAAACAAAAAUGACAAUCAUCCUAGUUGUUCAGAAAAGUGCAUUCCACUUGUGCUUGGUCAGUUUUUAUUUAUGAUAAAAAUAUUUUAAAUGAUGAUUAAGGCAUCAGGCUACCUGUUUUGUCUUUAUUCAAUAUUAACCCUUUACAGUCCGAUGCGCCCGAAAUGCGCCGAUUUUUUCCUUAAGCCUACAGUCCGUUGCGGCUAAACCCGCCUGUUUCGAGGUUGUUUACUUUCGUUCUUAGCACAUCAGAAAUCCAUUAUCCAUUACUAUUUAUAGUUCUACCGGAAGAAAGACUAGUUGUCAGCAUUUAUUUUGAUACUAGUACGACCGCAGUGUGUUUAGGGGCUCAUUUUCUUUGAUUUUUUCGCUGUAAAAAAUGGCUUUCCAAGCCUUGGAUAAAAUUUUGAAAGAACUUAGGCCUAAUUAAGCUUCACUAUUUCAUGAGUCUAUCAGCGAUAGUGAAGAAUCUGAUAGAGACAUUAAUUUAAAUGAUGCUACUAGUAAUAGUGAUUGAAGUGAAGAAGAUAAUAGUAAUAUUAGAUACAUCGAUGACAACGGACCUAUCAAUUCCAGUCCAACUGAUCAGUAAGAUCAUUAGUGGUCUGGAAAUGUUUCACAAAUCAAAGUGGGAGGGUCCCUGAAACUGUUUUUAGGUUUAACCUUUGCUUAAAUCAUUUAUUUGUAUUUAGGUAUUUUUCUUUUCUUCUCUUGCUUCUUUUUAUUUUCUGUAAAUUAAUUAGAUAAAGAAGCUUCAUUUAAAAUGGAGUUAUGUCCCUUUGCUUGGGUGCUGGGAGUAGACAAGGCUAAAUAGGCUUGGACUGUAAAGGGUUAACCAAAAUACUGCUGCAUUUUUAUAACAAUUUUGCAGUCUUCCAUCAUAUAAACAGGCCAAAAUGUUUGAGAAAUUUGGGAACAAAAUGUACAUGAUAAUUAGAUUGAACAUCAAGACAAAAGGCUGACAGUUGUUGUUCGAGUGCUGUUUCACAGCCCUCCCCUUGGGGGUGGGGACAAGGGGUCAAGAAUAUGUACUUCCAGAGGGUUUAUUUGCUUUAACUGCUUUUUUUCCUUUUGUAGAUUAUAUGUAACAAAAGUGUUUUUUGAUGUAGGCAUUCAUUUUUCACCAAUUAUAUUCAACAUAAAUUCAAAUUUCUUUAACUAGCCAAAUUAUAAUGCAUGUUGAGAUCCAUCAGUAUCAUAGAAGAGUGUUUCACAAGGCUCCCAUCAACAUUUAUCUAUUGAUAAUAAUGCAUGUCAGCUGUUCUUAAGUUUCAAUUAUAAUUUUUUUAUAAACUAAACAAAAAUUAUGUGUAAUUUUCCUUAUUUAACAACACAUCCCUUGUCUCAGGAAGAAGGCAAAGCUGUAAGUUCAGUGUCCGUGGAGAGAAUGUGAUUGAAGGUUUUGUUUAAAUACCUAUAUCAGCCAAUUAUUCAUAAUUGCUUUGGUGAAUUCCUUGUAUACAUUAUUUUUGUAUUUAAGGGUAUAUUUUAAAUAUUUUUAACAUCUAUGUAUGUUGCCAU